AUGUUGAGAGAUGAGGUGUGGAAGGUGGAAUGCCAGCCAUGGGUGGUGAAUGAGGUCCUAGAUAGUUGUUCUGACGCGGUUGGAUUUAUUGAUUUGUAUCUUAAAAGGAAUCCUGGAUGUGCUCAAGAAUGUUUUCUGAAGUACUACAGCAAAUUGUCUGUUGAUUCUCAAGCAAUACUUUAUGAAAAGUGUAAGGUUUUUGUGGAGAGUGAGGAUUUUGAGAAGAAAUGCAUGCAAAUAUAUUGUGUGGAGAGGCGAUCUGAUGUUUGCUUUGAUGUUAUAAGAUGUUCGAGAAGUCCUCGGAUGAUGUUUAAGAUGGUUGGGAGCUGCUUCCUAGAGGGCAUCAAUAGAUUGCCUGAUGAAGAUUUGUUUUUUACAAGAUGUGUGGUUAUAGCGCUAAGAAGCCAUGCGAUUGAAGCUGAUGAAAUGAGACUUUUGAUAGAAGGAGUUAACAAGCAUUUUGUCGAUGGGCGUAGGAAGUAUUAUGAGCAUGGUGCGAUUGUUGCAAGUGUUUUAAUGAACAGCGCGGAUUUUGGGAUAGCAGCGAUGGAGGAGGCACAGAGCAUGCUUGGUGAUAUUCCAGGGCAUAUUCUAGGCAAAAACAAAUGUGGUUUUAUGAAUCCAAAUGAUGUUUUUUGUAACUAUGCAAGAGUUGAGAACGAUGUCAAUGGUCUUAGACUGCUGUGGAAGCCAAGAUAUCUCCAGGAUGCAAUUAGGAUCAUUUCUGAAGAAAAGGACAUAGACAAGAUAGAUGCAAGCUUUCGAUGUUUUCGUGAUCUUGUGGAAAGUGCAACUGAAAGAGUAAUACAGAGCAGAUGUAAAGAAGCACUUGAUGUUCUUAUCUGCUAUGAUGGAUGCGAAGAGUACAAGAUUGAUGCGAUUUCAUCGUUAUUUGAAAGAGCAUUUGAUCAUUUGGUGCAGGAUGGACUGGAUAAUUUGUUUUCAGGGAAGAUGUGCUUAAGACAUAAGCUGUUGCUGACGUUUGUUUUCAAAAGUAUUGUGGAGGUAGGAGAGCGUGAGCAUGCUAAGUAUCUGCAUGAAAGCAUUAGGUUUAUGCUGAACAGGAAUGAAAAUGUUCCUAAGGUGCUUGCAAAUGUGAUGUGGGAUUUGGUCUUCCAAGGAAUGAGACGAACAGGAAAGUUGCCUGAAACUACAGCUUUAAUGCAGGGAUGUGAUUAA